AUGGCGGCGGCCUUCACCGCCCUGCGGGUCCUGCUCGGGCUCUUCUUCCUGCUGACGGGCGCCGCGAAGCUCUCGGACCAGCUCUCGGCCGACCUGCACCGGCACAUGAAGUCGCAGUUCGUGCGGUUCGCCGAGGUCUUUCCCCUGAAGGAGUUCGGGUUCGCGCCGGAGCCGGGCCGGUACCUGGCGGCGGUGGGCUGGGUGGAGGUGGUGGCCGGGCUGCUGCUGGCGUUCGGGCCCCAGCUCCUGCAGGAGAUCAGCAACUUCGUCCUCAGCGUCGUCAUGAUCGGUGCCAUCUACACGCUGCUGGUGCUGCGGGAGCCCCUGGCCAUGUGUGCCCCCGCCACGCUCUGCCUCGGCCUCCUCCUGCUGCUCAACAUCCGCGGGCACGCGGACCCCCCCAAGCCCAAGUUCGAGUGACCGGAGGCGGGAAGGACGGACGGCUCGGCCAGCAGGAAGCGAUGCCCUUAUGGUAUUUUCGGGGACAGCAUCGCAUGCUGCAGGGUAACUUGUGUCCUCUCCUGCUGCUGCCGGGGACCCUGGUGCCAGUUGUCCCGACGCUGCGGGACCCAGACUGGUGCUUUGGGACAGUGGCUGUGGCACCAGCGUGGCACCACCACUGCUCCAGCAGCUCUGUUGCUAAACUCACACAAGGUGUCCGGCUCUUCCCAGCGUUCAGCCAUGCCGGGCUGGGGCUGGCUCUGCUCUUCUGGGGGCUUUCGUAUUUUGGAAUAAAGCCUCUUGU